AAACCAAGUGAAAAAUCUCUAACUCGGCUAUUUGUUUUGCCUGUGCCUGACACUAUCUGCUUAGCCUCUUAUCGCUAAUUUCUCUUUCAUCUUCUAGCAGAUCGUAAACUUAAUCAAUUUCCUUCUAAUAAUUACCAGUUUAUUAGAGUAUUAGCAGAUUAAAGUUGUUGAUACUUUUAAUUACUAAACCAGGAUACUUGUUUCAUUGGGUAGAAUUUAUGCAAGAAAAACAGUAUACCGAUAAUGUGUCUUUGAUAAUUCGUCUUCGAGUUUAAAAGUUCACAAACAGUUCGAUUAUUUCAUGAAAAAUAUAAGGUCGAUCGAACGAAUUCUGUGUAGUUGGUCGAUCGUUGUAUCGCGAUCCUUUGAAAGGCUAGAUAAAAAGGACCUUACCUGUAACAGUUAUUGACGCACACAGAGGAGAAACAAAAACCGGUAAAUUACAUCCUCUCGUUCAGGAACCCCGUGUCUUUUUCUUAUUUGCCGUCUUCUAUCGACGUACGCACACCAUAGCGAAAAGCCUUUUUACCAGAGAUUCCAUCAGAGGAAUCGAUUUUCCUUCAAAUCAUUCGAUUACUGUCAUUUUAUUUAAACCAUUAGUUUUAUUAGAAUUAGAAAUUCUUUUCUGGCAAAAGAUUUGCGUUCAGUAUCAAUCGUUUGAUCGUUUGUUUUGAAAUCAAACAACGAUCGAUGAUGUCAUCUCAUUAACGUCGAUUAACUCGUUCUCCGCGUUUCGAAGGUUCUCGCAGUGAUUUUCUUUUUCUUUUUUUUUUUUUAUCAUAUGUCUGUACGUUCAGGUGAUUCUUUUUUCUAACACCUUAGAAACAACGCAAUAUUCUUUUCGUUUCCGUCUUUCCACGACCGUCUCGUGCUCGUUAAGCAACGUAACGCGAUCGAAUAUUUAUGAUGUAAUCGCGAGCAGCGCUUUUCCGAUCGUCAUCGACACUUCGAUUCGUUAGCAACGCUAGACGAAAGGUUAUGCAAGUUUUGCAUAAUUUUUGCAGCUUAUCGUACCUUGGUCAGUGAACAGAAGGAAAAAACCGAAGAACCUAACCACGAUAUUUAUCAUUAUUCCAUUCGUUCUAACGUGAAUUGUUUUUAUCGUAAAAAUUUUUUUUCAAUUUCUCAUUCCCGCCACAAAGAUGCUUUGUACCAAAUGAAAUGAAAAAGUUCUUUACCAUUAUGUAGUUUGUAGCUUUCUUUCUGAGAUAUAAGCGAUCCAAAAUUAGAUGCCUGACUUCCGGGGUGCUCUACUUGGCGUCAAGGGCGUGCCGGAAGUGGAGUACCCAAUUUUAAAUCGUCUGUACCUUGAAAAUUAACCUCCAGAUUACAAAAUGAUAAAGGAUUUUUCCCUUUCUUUUGCUACGAAGAAUCGACAGUUUUUGCAGUGUGAAUCAUUUUUGAAAUAUUUUCUAUGUAUGUAUGUAUGUAGGUUAAAAGGAUUAAGCUCAAGGAAGCAAUGGUUUUCAUUGACGCGAUGUAAUCGCACGAAUACAUAUGUAAUAUGCAAACAAAAUUCGCGCUUUCAAUUAACAAACGAUCUAAACUAGUUAUCGCAAUCGAUUAGUCGAUUUCUAAUACGAUCGGAACGCGAGAUAACGCGUAUAAGCAUUAAUCCUCCUUCUUGAUUCGUUAAUUCGUUUAUGCUCGCUUCUCGAAUUGUGUUUGAUCUGUUGUAAAUCAAUCUUUUUUUUUUUUUUUAUCCUGUCAAACAUUUGUGACGUGGACCGCGGAUUGUAAAACAUCGAUAGAGUUACGGCUAACAAGAUCUUGCGUACCACCAAAACAAACAUCACAUUAAUUCAUUAUUGUCAACAGCAAUUCGUCAACCGAUGAUGAAAAUUGAUUUACUUCGUUUUCGUUUGAAAGCAACCAGAUGUUUGAAGAAAAUUGUAAUUAAUUAAUUUAUAUUAUUAUUUAUUAUUAUACGGGCGAAUUAGUACUAUGAAUAUGUGAUUAUGAUAUGGUUAUGUUCGGUAAAUGCAGAAUGUUAAGCUUAGUGCUGAAAUAAUCUGCAGAUUUUCGUCUUGAUGCCAGUGAUAGAGUCACUGAAGAUGUCAAUCGAUAAUUGGAAUGAAAUGAUACUGAAGCAUGAUCUGCAGAUAGGAUCAGCGUGCCGAAAUUUUGAAAAGUAUCGAGGUAUUAGGUUAUUUUGGAUCGAUUACGGUCUCGAAAAUAGAUGAUGCGGAUUUCUGUAGGAAAAUUAAUCUGCAUUCUAAAAGUAACGUUCCUUUCUUCGAAUUACACAAUUUGUUUGAUUACACAGUUAUCUAGUCAAGGUCUGUUUAACACUUCCUCAGCAAUGAUUUUUUUUUUUUUUUUUUUUUUUUUUUUCAAAAAACCAAUGGAGUAACGAGCUUGCAUAAACGAAAGUUUACAAAUAUAAUUAUCGAUACGAUUAGUUUGACCGUUGUGCGACAACGCAUCCUUGAAAAUCUACGAUCAGAGACGAGAUUGAUAACGUUACUUUGAUGAUUCUGUGCUGGUUCUGUGUGUUGCCCAGCGAGAAAGGAACUGGUACGAUUAGCUGUUUUUGCUCGCCAGAAUUCCUAAAGCAACGAGCAUAUUUUUCGAUCGGUACGUAAAGUACAAUCAGGGUUAUCGUUUUAAAAGAUAUUCGCCAGGCGGAGAAAUGAGAUUUCUAUAUUUUAAAUCGAUAGGACACAUUUAACUUCACUUUUGGUAGAAUUAUCGAACAAAUGAUUAAUUACCAAAUUUUUAUCGAUAUUAACCCAAUUAUUAUCAAUAAAAUAGAAGAAAUUUGUUAUUGUUACGCGCGUACGACUGUAAGUUUAUAUACGACGACCUCGCGUAUAUAAUCGGAACACAAAUAUUGACAAUUAACUAUAACGACGCGCAGGUGAUACUCGGUCGCGAUGAAUUUAUGCGUUUACCAAACCAUUUUUCUCUAUUUCUUAUCAAUUUUAAUCAUCGGACAGUGGGAACAGUGUCGAUAUAAAUUCUCAAAUAUUUUCAGAUAAUCUUUCAGUUAAAAAAAAAAAAAAUUUGUUCUUUCGAUUCAGCUGAACUAGCAGGUAGCUCGUUUUUCAGGAAGCGAAGCGAAACGGUAGCUUACAGUGGUCACUCAACACCGAGGUGUCGCUUCGUUUUCUAUAGGCACGCGAUCGUUCGAUUCCUUUUAACUUUUUCGCCUCGACGUCGAAUAGGUAGGAAGGAAGGAAAGAAAUCGCAUCUUUCAGUUUACGUUGGAUUACGCAAACGGUAGUACGAUAUCGGUACGGGCCGAAUAUUCGACACGGGGCAUGAUUUAGACGUGGAUUGUAUUGCGUAACGCUAGAUACAGCUAAGUUAGCAAUGCACACGGAAACGCAGGGUCGAUUAAUGAUUUUUUCUGCGGCUGGAUCAGCCGGUUUGCCUUGCAACCUCUCCCGUAACGAGGAUCUUGCAUUUUAUUUCACCUGUUAGUCGUACAUCUGUGAAAUUAUUCGUUUUACGACCCUGCGACACGUGCCAACCAAACACCGUGUUCUUUCAACACGUUCCAAACGGGGUUUGUAUUGAGAAACCGAAAGCAGGAAUGUAUCAUUAGCGGUUCUGGCGCGUAAAUCGCUCAUCUUUUUCUACUUUAACUUCCCAUCGAGAUUAAUUAAAGUAUUACUUUAUUUUGCACAUUUUUUAUACCAUAGGGCACACUAGGUGUCAGUGUAGCGUUGAUUAGAUAGCGUGAGACUAACAGGCACAGUCUUAGACGUUUCGACGAACAAUAUUUAAUUAGGAAAAACUUUUUCAAAUUGUGUACAUGCUUUGUAAUGUCUGUGAUUACGUUAAGAAGAUACUUGUUGGUUUUAUCGAUGCAAAAAUAGAAAUACGUCCUCCUUUCCUCUAACCUAGAAAACAAUCGUAAAACGAAACAAACGGCAUUCAUACGCGUUUAAAUAUGCAAAAAAAUAUGAAACGAAUGCACGUAUCGCAGGAAAACUUGGAAGUAAACAGUAAUAAAGUACAUGUUACGGCAAAAGAAAGUAUCGAACAUUUCCUAUUCCAGCAAAUUUAUUCCAACAUUUUAUAUUAAUUUUUACUUUAUUCUAUUGAUCGACAAUUAAUUUCCUCGUGAAAUCCGUAGCUUGGUUCGUUUCCUCGUGAAAGUGUACUUUCAAAUAUGAUAUCAAAACCAGUUAAUGUUUAGACCUUGAACCAAGCCUCUUCUAUGCGAUAAGACUUCAAAGAUGUAUCGACAAAAAAAAGUUCAUAAAAAGCGACAUACAUUCCAGAUAUUUAUAGCGAUACAUUUAACAUAAAAUUCGACCAACUGCGAUGAUGCAUAAAUUUUGAAGAAAAUUAAUUCGUGAUGUAACUGUGAUCUAUAUGUAUAACAAUACAUAGAAACGAGACGUUAGCGUUAUCUCGAAUAAUUUAAAGUUCCCGCUUGAUCGACGUCAGCCAGUCUAGCCAAUAUAUUUUUUGCAGUGUCAGGUGACGUAAGUAGCGAUCGCGAAGCUGGUGCAACAACACGUUCUAUUCGUAUCACGAAAAUAGUCGCGUGAUCUAUAGAUCAGCUGGUGGUCGAGUUAAUUAGUCGAACAGUUAUCCCGAAAGUUAAUUAUUCAGAUAGGAAAGGAUUGAAUCAAAAGCGUUGAAUCGGUGAAUAAACCUGUCGUCGACUGCUUCGACUCAUCGAUAGAAGUUACGAGGUAACUGCGAGAGAACGCAGCCUAGUUUCCGCCAGCUGGGAACGCGGGAAAUUCAAAUCCGAUCGCGCGCUCCGUAUCGCGGAUGAAAAUCAAACAGUAAAGAUAAAAUUGAAAGGACGAUGUCGAAGAUGUACAGAAGUUUUCUGACCACCUUUCAAAGCAGAGCGAAGCUUUUGAAAAAUAUGCUGAAAUUCAGCUCGAUAAAUACGAAAAGGAUGGCUUCCGCGCAAAGUAGCGAUCAGAUAGUCAUACCUAAAGAGGAUGUAGUCAGAUUUAUUAACGAAUGUAUGUGCAAAGUUGGAACGACACCAGAAUCUGGAGAAAUCGUUGGCCAUCAUUUAAUGACCGCUGAUUACAGUGGCCAUUUUAGCCAUGGAAUGAACAGGGUGCCAAUGUACAUAAAGGAUAUUCAAAAUAAGAUCACCGAUCCUGUUGCUAAGCCGCAGAUCAUUACUGAUUUUCAGGCGAUAGCUUUGGUCAGCGGGAACAACGGUCUGGGCCAGGUGAUCGGUAAAUUCUGUAUGGAAUUGGCGAUCGAAAAAUCGAAGAAGUUUGGUAUCGGCAUGGUGGCGGCUCGUCAAUCGAAUCAUUACGGAAUCUGCGGUUACUACACGGCGAUGGCGAUCAAACAGAACCUGAUAGGCUUUAGCUGCACCAACACCAGCCCUCUGAUGGCUCCAACUCGCAGUAAACAAUCGGCAUUGGGCACGAAUCCUAUAAGUUUGGGAAUGUCCGCAUUGAACAACGAUAGAUUCAAUCUGGACAUGGCCACCACAGCCGUGGCUUUGGGUAAAAUCGAGCUCGCGGUGAGAAAAAACGAACCCAUACCCGCGGGUUGGGCGCUCGAUGUUCAUGGAAAGGUGACAACAGAUCCCGAGAAAGCUUACGAAGCUACCGUUCUGAUGCCUCUCGGAGGUGAAGAACGUAAUUCAGGUUACAAAGGUUACGGAUUGGCUUUGAUGGUCGAAGUGCUUUGCGGUAUUUUAUCCGGAAGUCACUUUGGACCUAACAUCAGAAAGUGGAAAGGUAGCCAAAAGAUCGCUAAUCUCGGACAGUGUUUCAUGGCUAUCAAUCCGGAUGCUUUUUGUUCUGGGUCACAAGAAAGAUUAUCGAAGUUGUUGAAACAAUUGAGAGAGCUACCUAUUGUCGGAGACAAGCCUGUUAUGGUAGCUGGAGAUCCAGAGAAACACUCCAUGGAACGCGUGGAUAAAGAAGGUGGCAUUACUUAUCAUCCUAAUCAGUUAAAAGCUGCCAAAGAGUUGGCGAACCAACUAGGAGUCGCACCUAUGAAAAUUAUUCCUAAGAAAAUGACUCGUUGAUUAAGGAUUAAGGAUUUAAGACAGUUUUCUAAAUGUUUUCUAAAUGUUUUAGUUUGUUUCAUAGUUGUAUUUUAGAUAGAUAAUGUGAAGAAUUAAUUAAGUUCAGAGAUAUCUUGAAUUGGAAUGGGUGAAAUUUUCUUUCUUCAAGAUUUAAGUACACGAGACUGAAUUUUAUUCAUCGUCCAUUUAUUUUACACAAUUGUAAAUUUGUCACAACCAUAAUCUUUAAACGUUACCAUUUUUAUAUCGCUGUACAAGAAGAAGUCUAUUUUAUAUAAAUCUUAAAAAAUAAUAUAUGCAUGUAUUUUAUUGCAAGCUCCGUAUCCUCUGAUUCGAUGUAUCGAUCACAGGAUCGGUUAAUCACUUUACAAGAAACAUCAUUUUUCAUCGAUGUUUCAUUCAGUUGAUCGUGUGACGAAUCAGAGGAUGGGCUAAAUGACACUUUCAGAUUUUCGAGUAAUGUUUACAGAAGGAUAAGCAUCGCGUGUUGUCAGUUUAAUAGAAACGAUGAUGUAACAAUACUGUGGUCUGAUCGUUGGUCGAUGAUGAUGAUGAUGAGGAGGACGACGAUGAUUGACUACGGCUAUGUCCUUGGACUUGCUCGUGGGAUCUCGAUUGCACCCAUUACCGAUCGGGACUCGCGAUUAUCGACAAGCGAAUCUCUGUUGGAUAACUAACAACACUGAUUUGCAUAAUCAGGAUACACAUCAGAGACAAGACACGUGUAUCGAUCGAUGGAUGUUCAGAAGAAUUAUUUGCUCGAUCGAUGUUAACCCUAUGAACGAUAAUUAAAAGCGAAAGAAACUUUACCUGGGAAUUACGUGUAUCGAUUGCAAUUCCAUGUUCUACGAUCAAGGAAAUUCAACUCCGUCAUUUCAUCUGUGCGCAGUCAUUAGAAUUCUUAUGAUCUUUCGUUACCAUAGUAGUAGACACCUGGUCGUGUAAUUACUCGACGAGAACGUGUACGAUUACACGUAAAGAUUAACUUUAUUAAUUUUUAAUUGGAAAUUGAGUUGGAUGUUGGAUGACUAACCGUGUUUAUUAAGUCUCAUCGGUGUUUACACUCUCGACGAAUGUGUUUAUUUUUCGCAAGAUUUUCGAUAACAAUUUUUUGCAAAAACUCUUUCACCCUUUACGUGCAUAUUUACAAUUAGUUGAGACAGAUCUUUAAAUAAACGUCGCAAUAAAUAUUUUCAUGACACAAAAACGUCGUCGGUGUAUCAGGGGUAGUCAACCAAUGAUGAUUCUUUCUGCUCGAUGUUCUCUCGAGUGGUAAACAGGGUUAUCGAAGAGAUUCGCAGACUCCGUGUCUUUUUUCACUUAUCGUUAAUUUUUCGUUUAUAAACGAGAACGUUACGAAUGUAACUGAUUCGUUGUUGAUAAGAUUAACAAAGUCCUUAGUGGUUUUGUUAUCGUGUAUAAAAAGCGUGUCAUUUAAUCGCAUUGCGUCAAUAUUCGAUACUGUUUGUAAACUUAUAGACGAGAGAUGCGUAGGAGUAAUGAGAAAAUUUUCUUAUUUUCUAAGCCAACGAAGGAUAACACGAUUAGAAAAAAAAGCAAUUUCUUUGACGAAAGGAUAAUUGGUUAAAUUCGUAUGCUAGUCCAUCGAUAGUUCGCACAGAUCGCUUUACUUAUGCUCGACGCGUGUCAAGUUGAAUCGUGGAAUCGAAAUUUUAUCAACGUGUUCGUAUCAAGUAUACUUUCUACGUAUUUUGCUGUCGUUGCACGUGUCGCAGAAAAAAUCGAGAUUCUAGUCAAUAUAGAUUCUCAUCUCGUAUGAUCUAAUUAUCAUUUUUUUUUUUUUUUUUU